CCAUGAGCACUCUGCUCACACCAGAUAUGCCCGUCUAUCAAAGGUCUUCCUUCUCAGCUAGUUCCUCUGUCAUCUGCACAAGUUAUGCCCCCCACUGUCCUCAACCUAACAGAUUUCACCUCCCUGGCUGCCCAUGGAAUUGUUCAGACAAGCCAGUCACAUCCUCCUAUGGAACCAGCAAAUAUCUCAUCCUCUUUCAAAGCCUAGCCUCCUCCCAUUGUCCCUGUUGUUCUCUUUAUUCCUGAAUAUAACCCCUUGUGGCCCUCCAUGAUGUAUGACAUCUUCCCUCAGAUGGUGAGUAUAUAUGAAUAAUAAAUAGCUAUCAAUCUCAUGUAUCUAGCAUCUGCUUGUUUGUCUAUCUAGUCCUUUUUUAGGGCAGAUCACCCCUCACUGAUAGGGUAAAUGGAUGGUAAAUGAAACAGGGCUGCAAAUAGAAAGAUCAAGAAUCAUUUCUGAUGACCUUCUCCGAGAAAGAAUAAUACCAGGAACAAAGUCAUUGUGUAUUUUUAUAGGAUGUACUGAUCUGGAGCAGGAUUUCUCAACAUUGGAAUUAUUGACAUUUUAAGGCAAGAGAAUCCUUUGUUUUAGAGGAUUAUUCUGUGCAUUGUAGGAUGUCUUACAGUAUUCCUGGUUUUUACCCGUUAGGUGUUAGUAACACUCACAUCCUUUCCUCUGAGUUGUGACAACAAAAAUUGUCUCCAGAUAUGACCCGAUGUCUUUUGGGAACAAAAUUACUCUUUGUUGAAAACCACUGGUCUGUAGUAUUUUCUUCACCAUAUCUUCAUGAUUCAGUAUUCUGUAACUCAGGAUCAAAAAAAAUGUUCAAUGAGGGACGAUAGUAAAGAGUAAGCAGAUUAUUCAAAUGCAUAAAUAUCAGAUGUUAUAGACUUUUGAGAUUAUACUAAAUUCACAAACAUAAAUUUUAAAAAAGAGAACUAGAUAUAUUCAAAAUAAGGACUAAUAUGUAACAAAUUUUGAAAAGUUUUACUUAAGAAUUGGUUGGAACAGGGGAAAAAGUUAAAAUAAAAUCUAACUUUGUGAUGAACUUGAGUCUUCUUAGAGAUUUUGUAGUACAUUUGGGAGAAAUUUUGUCAAUUUUUUUAUAAUCAUUAAAAAGAUAAGAGGGUAGAAGACCUCAUAUUUCUCUAGAAUUUAUAGUGGAAGCAGAAGGCUUGUGUGCAUUAUUUGGUUUGAGAUUUUCUUUUGGUUAUUUAUUCAUUUCCAGAUGUUUGGAUAAAAAUUUGAACUUUUCUGCAGCCACAGGAAGUAUUCAAGAACGUGUAGACAUGCUGCUUUAGGGACGCUCAUUUUCUUGCUGUCCCCUACUUAUGUCAUAAGUUUUCAGCCCUGUGCUAUGUACAUGCUAUGUAGUUCUUACUGUACCAUGUAAUCAUCAGUCUUUUCUCCUUUUCAUUUAAAGAAUAUUUAAUCUAUUUCCACAAGUAAUCCAUGAGUUUAUUUUUUCAGGGUUCAGUGACAUUCAGGGAUGUGGCCAUAGACUUUUCACAGGAAGAAUGGGAAUUCCUGGACUCUGCUCAGAGGGACUUGUAUAGAGAUGUAAUGUGGGAAAACUACAGCAACUUCAUUUCACUAGCAGGACCUUCUGUUUCUAAACCAGAUAUGAUUACCUUAUUGGAUGAAGAAGGGAUGGUUGUGAAGGAAGGGUUAAGAAGAUCUUGCCCUGAUUUGGAGUCUGGAUACACGACCAAUACUUUAUCUCCAGAAAAGGACAUUUAUGAAAUAUAUUCAUUACAGUGGGAAAUAAUGGAAAGAAUUAAAAGCUAUACCCUUCAGGACUCCAUUUUUAGAAAUGAUUGGGAAUGUAAAAGCAAGACUGAGGGACAAAAAGAACCACAAGAGGGUUAUUUUGGGCAGGUGAAAAUUACCUCUGAAAAAAUGACUACCUACAAAAAGAACAAUUUUCUUACUGAGUAUCAGAGAAUUCAUAAUGGAGAAAAAUUAUAUGAAUGUAAGGAAUGUAGGAAGACCUUCAUUCGUCGCUCAACACUUAGUCAGCACCUAAGAAUUCAUACUGGUGAGAAACCUUAUAAGUGUAAAGAGUGUGGGCAGGCCUUUAGACAGCGUGCACAUCUUAUUCGUCAUCACAAACUUCAUACUGGUGAGAAACCCUAUGAAUGUAAGGAAUGUGGGAAGGCCUUUACAGUGCUCCAAGAACUUACUCAACAUCAGAGACUUCAUACUGGUGAAAAACCUUAUGAAUGUAAGGAGUGUGGGAAGGCCUUUAGAGUACAUCAGCAACUGGCCCGGCAUCAGAGAAUUCACACUGGCGAGAAACCCUAUGAAUGUAAGGAGUGUGGGAAGACCUUCAGACAGUGUACACACCUUACUAGACAUCAGAGACUUCACACUUCUGAGAAGCUCUAUGAAUGUAAAGAAUGUGGGAAAGCCUUUGUAUGUGGCCCAGACCUUAGAGUACAUCAGAAAAUUCAUUUUGGUGAAAAGCCCUAUGCAUGUAAGGACUGUGGGAAGGCCUUUAGAAUAUGCCAACAACUUACUGUACAUCAGAGUAUUCAUACUGGUGAGAAACCCUAUGAAUGUAAGGAAUGUGGAAAGACUUUCAGAUUAAGGCAGCAACUUGUUCGCCAUCAGAGAAUUCAUACUCGUGAGAAACCCUAUGAAUGUAUGGAAUGUUGGAAGACCUUUAGUAGUUAUUCCCAACUUAUUUCACACCAGAGCAUUCAUAUUGGUGAGAGACCCUAUGAAUGUGAAGAAUGUGGGAAGGCUUUCAGACUGCUUUCACAACUUACUCAACAUCAGAGUAUUCAUACUGGUGAGAAACCCUAUGAAUGUAAGGAAUGCAGAAAGCCUUUUAGACUGCUCUCACAACUUACUCAACAUCAGAGUAUUCACACUGGAGAGAAACCUUAUGAAUGUAAGGAUUGUGGUAAGGCUUUUAGACUUUAUUCAUUUCUUACUCAACACCAGAGAAUUCAUACUGGUGAGAAACCCUACAAAUGUAAGGAAUGUAAGAAGGCCUUUAGACAACAUUCACACCUUACUCAACAUCAGAAGAUUCAUAAUGGAAUUUAAUACAAGAAAGCUUUCAAAUGUGCAUUUUGUUACAAAACACCAAGAAAUCCAUUUUUGAGAAAAUGGUUUCAUGCUUACAACUAAAUGCUUAUGUUUUUAUAUUAGAGAAGGGAUAUGUUGCUUUACAAGCCUUCCAUUGCCAUUUAAACAUUGUUUAUCUUCAACAAAUUCCUUUGAGAAAAUAAUUUAAUGAAUGUAGGAAAAUUUUUAGCCUUAUAUGUCACCUCGUUUUACCAUUUUACUACCAUUGUGAUAUUGGACAAGAUACUAAACUUUUGUGCCUCAUUUUGCUCAUUUUUAAAUGAUGAUAAUAGUACUUAUUUAUUGCUGUAUAAUAAAUUACUACAAAACAUAGUAGCUUAAAAUAAUAUACAUUUGUUAUUUCACAGUUUCUAUGGAUCAGGAAUCCAGACAUGACUUAGUUGAGUCCUUGUAAUUACAAACUUACAAAGUUUCAGCCAAGGCUGGGGUUUCAUCUGAAGUCUUGACUGGGGAAGGAUCCAUAUCCAAGCUAACAAUGCUUGAAUUCAUUUUCUUGAAGAUGUUGCAUGGAGAUCCUCAGUUUCUAGUUGACUGUUGACUGAAGGCUGAUUGCUGUUCCUUGCUACAGUGGUCUCUUCCAGUGACUCCUUGCUUCAUCAAAUUGUCAUCGAGAAGACUACUAGCAAGUCUGAUAGCAAGAUGGAUAUGAUGAAUCUAAUUGUGGAAGUAAGAUCCUAUCACCUUUGCUAUCUUCUAAUGAUUAGCAGUAAAUUACUAGACCAGCCUACACUCAAGAGAAAGGGAUUACUUGAAAGUGAAUACCAGGGGACAGGGACCACUGGGAGCCAAUUAAGAGUCAGGCUGUCACACUGUGUAAUAUAAUCAUUAUAAGGAUAAAGUAGUUAAUACUUAGAAGAAUAUCCAGUCACAUAGCAUGUAUUCUGUAAAUACUGUCUAUAAUUGAUAUUAACAUCAUUAGUAUUAGUGAAUUCUUAUGGAAGAUUCUAUAGAAGUCAUAAAAGUAGAAAUGCCUCCUGUUACAUCUCCGCAUUUCAUAAAAUGAAAAUAAUUUAGGUAAAAUCUAGGAGAUUAUAAGUGAAUGUCAGAAGUUCUUUACCACUUGAACUGCAUCAAAAAGUCCCUGCUGAAAAGAAUCAUAUGAAUUUCAUGAAUGUAAAGUUGUUAAAGAGUACAACUAUUGAAGAAUGAGAGUGAAAUAUGAUUUUCCCAUCAUUUAAAAAAGAAAUUGGCUUAGAAUCCUUGCUGUCCGACCACAAUUUAAGAUUUAUCACAAACUUUCAAAAAUAUGGCAUAAAAGAAACUAUCAUUUGGGAACUUAAAUUUGUGUGUGUGUGUGUGUGUGUGUGUGUGUGUAAAACUUUUGUAUUAAAGAAAAUACUAUUACAGUCAGUAUACUUUUUGUUGCUCAGAAUGACCCAUCUUCAAUUAGUUUUUCAAAUUGGGUGUUUUACCAGGUAUGUGGUGCAUGCCCAUAAUUCCAACAACUUGGGAAGCUGAAGCAGGAGGAUCAUAAGUUUGAGACCAGCCUCAGCAACACAAGUUGGGUGUUUUGACAUGGCACAAGUAGUAGUUUGAUAGUUUGUUACUUGGUUAUGGCUGUUUAGUUUGUCAGCUAUAAUAUGCUAUGACACCAACUCAUCAUUAAAUUGGAGGAGGGGGAUGAGUGUGUAUUUUCUUUUCCACAUGUGUACCAAAUUUCAGGGUCACCAAAAGUUCAUCAAAUUCAAGUGGGUAUUGUUUUGACUUAAAAAACCUAAUCAAUAAAUUCAGAAAGGAUGAUAGGGUUAGAAAAAUCAUCAUUUUCUAGACUCUAAUGGAAUAAUGGGACCUGAAAAUUGUGUUCGAUGGAUACUAAGACUUUUAGGUGAAAAUUUUAUAGUGAUUUAUCACACUGACCACUUCUGAAUCCUUUGAUCAAUUUUAGCCUCAGUCAAAAUAGAACUGUCACACAAUAUUCACCUCCUGAUGGAAUUCAGUAGGAAGUACACACCACUACCUGUGAGGCCUUCUUGCCAAAACAAUGAACUGAAAGACUCAUACUUUUGAAUCAAAUUCUUUAAAGUCAAGAUUUUGGGGAAUGGAUGAAUGAAAUCAAUGUCACCAUAAGGAAGCAACCAAUGACAUCCAGAAUGUAUAAAAUUCUACAGAACAAAUGCCCUGAUGUUGUCAACUAGUGAGUGGCAUGAAAAGCAAAAGAGGCGCAACCACUAAUAAUAGAGCUGAAUUAAGAGUCAUAUCACUGAAUUCAAUGCAGGGGAACCACUUGGACCUGAUUUGAACAAAAUGUUAAAAUAAAAGGUUUUGAAGACAGUGGAGGAAUCAUGGACAUGGACUGAAUGUUAGAUUUAUUUAGAAAUUUAACUUCAUUAGGGAUGAUAAUGUCGAUGUGGCUAUUAAUAAAAUAUCCUAUGUGUUUAGAGAUACAUAUUUACAUAUUUCUGAAAUUAUAAGGUACAUAGAUUUACAUUAAAAUAUUCCAGCAGAAGAAAUAACUGACAUGGCAACUAGCUUGGCAAAAUGUUGGUAAUUAUUAAAGUGUAGCAAUUUGUUCAUGGUGAUUCAUUGUUUUAAUAUUUCUACUUUUGUAUGUAUUUAACAUUUCAGUAAUAAAAUAUUUAAAAUCAAAACUGAAAUUAUGAGCUAUUUAGAAAUUAAUAAUGAGAUGCUUGCACAUCUAGCUUGUCAGAUAUCACCAGUUUUAUUGAUUGACCAAAUAAUGUCAUUUAAUAUAUGAAUGCAGCUUCAUUUGUGAGCCCAAUCUUCAUUAUCUUCUCUUAUGCAAAAUGAACAGCACAGGGUCUGUCACAGGAUAAGUGCAGCGAAGGAAUGAAUAAGCAUCUAUGUGAAGAAACCAGAAACACCAAAGUAAAACCAGCACAAGUAAAGGGAAACCAAGUAUAGUAAAAAGUAGAAAUUAAGGAAAUAGGCAGUAGACUUGAUACAAUAUUAGUGACUAGAUUUUUUAAGAUCUAAUCAAAGAAAAGAAAGAUAAUACAUAUAGAGCAUUAAUGAUGGUAAAUGUGACACAGUUACCAAAAAAUAAAAAAUAAGGUAAGUGACCAUAGUUGCACACACCUGUAAUUCCAGCUGUUGAGAGACUGAGGC